GUCGGACUCUCUUCGUCCUCCCAACUCCCAAGCUGAGCGAGCCUAUCCACUUCGGCAGCGAGCGCAAAAAUCUCUCCCCAGUGGUGAAAUCCAAAACCCCCACUCCCCCUCGCCGGCCGCCGCAUGGCGCUCGUCUCCACCACCACCGUCGCCUCCUCGUCCUCCUACCACUGCGACCACCCGCUCCGCCCGGCCGCCGCACGUAGCUGGUGCCGCCCCAGGAGCCGCGGCGGGGGCAGGCUGGCGGUGCUGGCGCGGGCGCGGGGCCAGCUCACGACCACGCCCAAGGAGGAGGCGGCCCCCGCCGCCUCCGCGGCGGGGGAGCGGGGCAGGUACUCGUACGAGGUGGACUCGCUGAUCGACCGGCUGAGCAACCUGGCGCCGCGGGGGUCCAUCGCGCGCUGCCUCGAGACGGCCAAGCACCGGCUCACGCUGCAGGACUUCGCGGCGGUGUACCGCGAGUUCUCCCGCCGCGGCGACUGGCAGCGCUCCGUGCGCCUCUUCAAGUACAUGCAGCGCCAGCCCUGGUGCCGCCCCGACGAGCACAUCCACGCCAUCGUCAUCGGCGUGCUCGGCCGCCAGGGCCCCGCGCUCCUCGACAAGUGCCUCGAGGUCUUCCAGGACCUCCCCGCCGACGCCCGCACCGCGCUCUCCUACACCUCCCUCAUCGCCGCCUACGCCCGCAACGCGCUGCACGACGACGCCCGCGCCCUGCUCGACCAGAUGAAGGCCCAGGGGGUCGCCCCCACCGCCGCCACCUACAACACCGUGCUCGCCGCCUGCGCCCGCGCCGCCGACCCGCCCGUCCCCUUCGACAUGCUCCUCGGCCUCUUCGCCGAGAUGCGCCACGACCCCUCCCCAGCCGUGCGCCCCGACCUCACCACCUACAACACGCUCCUCGCCGCCGCCGCCGUGCGCUCCCUCAGCGACCAGUCCGAGAUGCUGCUGCGCACCAUGCUGGAGGCCGGCAUCAUGCCGGACACCGCGUCCUACCGCUACAUCGUGGAUGCCUUUGCCAAUGCCGGCGACCUCUCCCGUGUCGCCGAGCUGUUCCGCGAGAUGGCGGACACAGGGCACACGCCGGACCCCUCCGCGUAUCUCGGGCUCAUGGAGGCUCACACCCGGAUUGGUGCCACCGCUGAAGCUGUGGCUGUGCUGCGGCAGAUGCAGGCUGAUGGCUGUGCGCCCACGGCUGCGACAUACCGUGUCCUGCUCGACCAGUAUGGAAAACAGGGGAGGUUCGAUGGCGUGCGUGAGCUUUUCCGUGAGAUGAGAACGGCUGUACCUCCAGAUACGGCCACCUACAAUGUGCUCUUCAAUGUAUUCGGCGAUGGCGGUUUUUUCAAGGAGGUGGUGGAGCUCUUCCAUGAUAUGCUUCGCACCGGGAUAGAACCUGACAUGGAGACCUGUGAAGGUGUCUUGGCUGCGUGUGGUCAGGGUGGUCUCCAUGAGGAUGCAAGAGAAGUUCUUGACUACAUAACUAAAGAAGGAAUGGUGCCUACUGCAAAGGCCUACACUGGCCUAAUUGAAGCCCUUGGUCACGCAGCUAUGUAUGAGGAGGCCUAUGUUGCAUUCAACAUGAUGACUGAAAUCGGUAGCUUGCCAACGAUAGAGACGUACAAUUCUCUUGCAAAUGUUUUUGCCAAGGGCGGGCUCUUCCGGGAGGCUGAGUCCGUCUUUUCUCGGAUGACCAACAGUGCUGGCAUUCAGAAAAGCAAAGAUUCAUAUGAUGCCCUCAUCGAAGCAUACUGCCAGGGUUCACAGUUGGAUGAUGCAGUGAAGGCAUACAUGGAGAUGCGCAAGUCUAGGUUUAACCCUGAUGAACGCUCCCUUGAGGGGGUACUCAAUGCGUACUGCAUAGCGGGCGUUAUAGAUGAGAGCAAAGAGCAGUUUGAAGAGAUCAGAUCCAACAUGACUGUGCCUAGUAUUAUUGCUUAUUGCAUGAUGUUGUCACUAUAUGCAAGGAACGACAGGUGGGCCGAUGCUUAUGAUCUGCUGGAAGAAAUGAAAGCAAAUCGUGCUAGUAAUACACAUCAAGUGAUUGCUUCCAUGAUAAAAGGGGAGUACGAUGAUAGCUCCAAUUGGCAAAUGGUUGAAUACGUCCUUGACAGCAGUAACUUGGAAGGAUGUGACUACAGCUUGCGAUUUUUUAAUUCUCUCCUUGAUGCGCUUUGGUGGUUCGGCCAAAAGGCUCGGGCUGCAAGGGUUCUAGAUCAUGCAGUAAGUUAUGGGCUCUUCCCUGAAUUAUCCCGCGACACCAAGCUGGUCUGGUCUCUAGAUGUGCAUAGGAUGUCAGUUGGUGGGGCAUUAGUGGCUGUGUCAGUAUGGCUCAAUAAACUUUACGCCAGACUAAAAAGAGAGAAAGAUCUUCCCCAACUGGCCUCUGUUGUUGUAUUGAGGGGGGAAAUGGAGAAAAGCACCAUCACAAGAGGAUUGCCGAUCUCAAAAGUUGUGUACUCCUUUCUUAACGACACGCUGUCGGCAUCGUUCCAUUACCCAAAAUGGAACAAGGGGCGAGUCAUAUGCCUGAAGUCCCAGUUGAAAAAGCUGCAGGCGGCCAUAGAUUCCACGAACGGCGCGGCUGUCCCUGGCUUCGUCCACAUGACGGACUCCCGUCUGCCGUAUCCUGGCUCGAAGGUAUACACCCGGGAGCCCCAGGUGGAGAACGGCUCGGCCCAUUCCACCGCUGAAUCGUUGGUAGAAGAGGAAAAGGAGUCAGAACUCCUCGCGCUGUGAGCUCCCAGGGUUGCAGAUACGGUAUUAUCUGGUUUUGAGCCAGGGGAAGACGAGGUGCAGAAUAGCAGUUUUGGGGUUUGGGCAUCCAGUCUGUUCAGAUCUUCACGCCGCGCGACAAGAACGACCAUACCAUUCUUUUGCAGCGGCUUCCUUGCUUCAGUGAUACCCGGUGGGUGCUGCUGCUGAGAAUUUUGCACAUCUUGCCCAGAACAGCUGUACUUGCAAGAGCUCCUGUCACCUUGGAUAGUGCAGGAAUUCAGGUUCAUCUCAGGAUUUUAGCGCUCUGUAGGUAGGACCAGAUUGCUAGCAAUAGUUGGCUCAUUUCCUCUAUAUCGCCAUCUCGUGCUUUUGAUACGGCAAGCAUGAACUUACUUUUGGUUUCACCUGGGGCAACGAUGCCGCACUGUAAACACAUGGCAGCAACCUCAUCCUCCUGGUGAGUCUCAGCGAAGCAUUUCUGGCAGAGGUAGAUGGUAGGAGUUUUGUAGAACUGCAUGAUAACUGUUGUAUGUAAGCUGCUGGAGUGCUGGUGUUUGAAAGUUUAAACAUCUUGUAAUACACGUUUAUUUAGACAAAUCUUUUUAUUUUUUUGCAA